AUGAAUAAUCUUUUUGGUAAAUCGCAAACUAGUAAUAGCUUUUCGUUUGGACAAAAUAAUACUUCAUCGAAUACUGGUAAUACUGGGUUCUCAUUUGGUGGUGGAAAUAAUACACAAGCUAAUACUACUACCAGUGGAGGACUAUUUGGUAACAAUAAUAACGGCACUAAUACUGGAACUAAUACCUCAGGCUCUUUAUUUGGUACUGGUAAUAACAAUAAUGCAGCAACCAGUGGUGGAUUAUUCAGUAAUACCAAUAAUAAUAAUAAUAAUAAUAAUAAUAAUAAUAAUAAUAAUAAUAAUAAUGGCACCAAUGGUAUCAAAAGUGGCGGGUUAUUUGGCAAUUCAAAUAACACAAAUACAACUACUUCUACAGGUGGUUUAUUUGGCAAUUCUAAUAAUACAAAUGCAACUGCAUCUACAGGUGGUUUAUUUGGCAAUUCUAAUAACACUACGUCUACCACCGGUUCACUUUUUGGGAACACAAAUAAUAAUGCCACUAAUGCAACAACAGGUAGUCUCUUUGGUAAUUCUAAUAAUAACGCCAGUCUUGGAUCUGGCUCAUUGUUUGGUGCUAAGCCGAUAGGAUCUACAGCUCCCACAUCAAGUGGAGGAUUAUUUGGUGCUAAACCCAUUGGAUCUACACUUGGCCAACCAGCUACGACAGGGAGUUUAUUUGGAACGAAACCAAUUGGAUCUACUCUUGGUCAAUCUUCUGCCACGGGCGGAUUAUUUGGUAAUACAAAUAAUACCGCAAAUACUGGGUUAUUCGGUAAUACAAACAAUACCACGGGUACUGGAUUAUUUGGUAAUACAAACAAUGCUACAGGAACUGGGUUAUUUGGAAAUAAUAAUAUGAAUAACAAUAACAACCAAUCUAAUGAAAUUUUAAAUAAUGUAUCACAAUUGGCAAUAACACCGAUGACUCGUAUAGCUGAAUUACCACCUCAUUUGAAAAAUGAAAUCACUAAUAUUGAUAAUUAUAUUCAAAGACAAGUUCAAAUAUGCCAGCAUUUAAUGGAAGAUAAAGAAGAGCAUAGUGAAUUAAUUGAUUCUAUUCCUCGAGAUGUGAAAUAUUUAAAUAACAAGAUAUCGAUGACAAAUCAAAAUUUAUUACAAGAUUUAACUAAGAUGAAUAAGAUUAGAGAAGAAGUGAAGAUCAAUGUUGAUAAUUCUCAACAAUUUUCCUUGUUUUUGAAUGGAUUAAUGAUACCUGAUCAUAAGAUUAGUAGUAAUGAAUUGGAAAGAUUUUUCAAUAAUAAAUUAAUAUUAUUUCAAAAUAAAUUGGAUGAAUAUUUCAGUGUUUUGGGCGACAUUGAAAAAGCUGUUAAUGGUAUUGAUGAAGGUAUAUUUAGUGAUAAAGAUGGUGUAUUUAAACAAAGAGAAUUAAAGAACGGAUUAAAUGCAUUAGUGAGUACGGUAGUGGAAGAAUUCCAAUUAUUUAUGGAGACUGCAGAAAGAAUUGCAGAAUUGCAUCAACGUGUCAGAGAUAUUCGGGGCAAGAUAUAA